GAAAUAAUCCCCUUCUCCCCUGUCUCACUUUUCUCUUCCUUUUAUUUCUUUCUCUUCAUCGUUCUUCUUCUGGGUUUCAGACCCGGCCAUUUUCUUGUUCUUUUCAUUUCUCAUUCCCUUCGAUUAACUUUCCAAUUUCUGUUUCUCUUUUUCUCUAUCUACUUCUGCGAAAUUCCGUGUUUAUUCUAUAAUUUUUUUUUUUCUUUUUGAACCUGUUUACGGUUGGGAUUUCUGCAAGUUUCGUUUUGCGUUGAGGACUCGACGUUAACAGCAAUGCAGGAAACACCCACUUGUGUCGUUUCUGAGAGAUCUGUUGAAGGCAAUCGUCGUUUCGCCAACCUCAGAGGCGUUCAGUGGCGUGUGAAUCUCGGGAUUUUGCCCUCUUCUCCUUCGUCUUCCAUCGAUGAUCUCCGCAGAGUCACCGCUGAUUCUCGAAGGAGAUAUGCGGGUUUGAGAAGGCGCCUCCUGAUUGAUCCACAUAUGCCCAAGGAUGGAAGUAGUUCUCCUGAUCUCGUAAUAGAUAAUCCACUGUCACAAAACCCAGAUAGCACCUGGGGUCGCUUUUUCCGAAAUGCAGAACUAGAAAAGACAGUUGACCAAGAUUUGUCGCGCUUAUACCCAGAACAUGAAAGUUAUUUUCAGACACCUGGCUGUCAAGGCAUGCUGAGACGCAUAUUGUUGUUGUGGUGCCUUAGACAUCCAGAGUAUGGUUACAGGCAAGGAAUGCAUGAACUUUUGGCUCCUUUGCUAUAUGUUCUUCAUGUUGAUGUGACGCACCUUUCUGAAGUGCGGAAAACUUAUGAAGACCACUUCACUGACAAGUUUGAUGGCUUAUCAUUUCAAGAAAAUGAUGUUACAUACAAUUUUGAUUUUAAAAAGUUCUUGGAAUCCUUGGAAGAUGAGAUUGGUUCUCAAGGAAGUUCGAAGAAAGUUAAGAGUCUCGAUGAGCUCGAUCCUGAGGUACAGAUGAUUGUAUUGUUAAGUGAUGCAUAUGGGGCCGAAGGUGAACUGGGCAUUGUCUUAUCUGAGAAAUUUAUGGAACAUGAUGCCUAUUGUAUGUUUGAUGCCUUAAUGAAUGGAGCCCAUGGUUCAGUUGCUAUGGCAGAGUUCUUUGCUCACUCACCUGCAAGUGGGUCAGAAACUGGCUUAUCUCCUGUUCUUGAAGCAUCUGCUGCAUUAUACCAUCUGCUUUCUCUUGUUGAUUCAUCUCUAUAUGGUCAUCUUGUUGAGCUUGGUGUAGAACCCCAGUAUUUUUCACUUCGUUGGUUGCGGGUUUUAUUUGGGCGUGAGUUUUCACUUGAUAACCUUUUGAUAGUGUGGGAUGAAAUAUUUGAGGCAGAUAAUACUAAAUUAGAUAAUGGUGUUAAAGAUGGUUCAAAUGCCAGCGAUGGGAUCCUUAAUUCUCCAAGGGGAGCAUUUAUUGCAGCCAUGGCAGUCAUGAUACUUUAUUUGAGGUCUUCCUUGCUUGCAACUGAAAAUGCAACUUCUUGCCUCCAGAGACUACUAAAUUUUCCAGAGAGUAUUGAUUUGAGAAAACUUAUAAAGAAGGCCAAGUCUUUGCAGACUCUUGCAUUGGAUAUCGUUGUGCCAUCCGCAUUUCCUUCAUUUAAUGGUGGAGUCAGUUAUAACCGUAGUAAAUCAGUUGGAACAAGAGGUCAUACUCUUUCGUAUGAUUCUGUUUCUCCCAAAACUCCUUUAACUGUUGUACCUGACAGCUAUUGGGAGGAAAAAUGGAGAGUUCUGCACAAAGCAGAAGAACAAAGGCAAGGUAUUGCAGGAAAACCAAACACAACCCAGAAAAAGGGUUGGUCUGAGAAAGUAAGAUUAAAAAUAUCUAGAGCUGAAUCCGAUCCAUCUCCUGCCAAGUUUAAGAAUGGGAAGAAGGAACCUAGGGCAUCAAUUAGGCGAAGUUUGCUUGAUGAUUUGUCUCGACAACUUGGAUCUGAGGAAGAUGCAGAGAGAGUAGAGUCCACUGACGUGGUUAAGCCAAAUAGUCAUCAUCAUGUAGAUGUAGAUAGUGAUGAAGUCCCAAGCCAAAAAGAUGAUAUCUCUAUGGAAGUUGAAGUGGAGGGACAGAAUGGUCUUAAUAAGGACUUAAGUUGCACUACUGAAGAGAGCUCUCUGAGUGGAAAUGCUGGCAGUGAGGAAAACUCAUCAAUUUUUUCAGAUCCAACCAGCCCUGCUAGAGGCACUAGUGACGCUGAAAAUGACUCGGAGAAAAGUAGUUUUGUUUCAAAUGUAUCCUUUGAUGAAAAUGAUAUUCAUUCUCAAAGAAAUGCACAGGAUUCACCUCUUCCGGUGUCCCAUCCUGAUGCCAACACUUCUCCAGAAUUGCAAUGCAACAAUGAUAGUACAGGUAAAGCAAUGGCAGGUAUGAAGGAGAGGAAGUCACUCUCAGGCAGAUUCCCGUGGUUUUGGAAGUUUGGAAAGAACAAUGCUGGUGAAGAGGUUCCUGAUAAAGAAGUUAUUCCUGAGGCUCCAAAAUCAAUCUCCGAUGAAAGUCGCAGGGGUGAUACAGGUCCUUUUACUGCUGAUGGUCUCUGCAAUUCAUAUUCUGGAAGCAAAGCAGAUUUGGACCAGAAUGUUAUGGGGGCCUUGAGGAAUCUAGGGCAGUCCAUGAUUGAACAUAUACAGGUAAUCGAGUCUGUUUUCCAGCAAGAUCGGGGUCAGGUUGGUUCACGGGAAAACUUCUCCAAGAAUGUCCUUGUUGGCAAAGGACAAGUUACAGCAAUGACAGCUCUCAAAGAGCUUCGGAAAAUCAGCAAUCUGUUGUCAGAGAUGUGAGAUUUUCUUAAUUUGACAUACCUGUAAAUAUAUUUUUGUAAUUAUUAUUAUUUUCUAGCACAGAAUAAAAAUGGUUUCUUCAGCUUCUUUUCUUCCUUCCAUCCCUCUCAACAGCCGAAUUUUGAUGAGAUGGUAUAAAUAGGAGUUUAUGUUAAAAAAGUACAGAUUUCUGAACUUAAACGCCUGAUGAUGUUUUGAGGAACUCCUUUAUUCUUUUGUAUGCCAGCUGAUGGCAAGAUGAUGUUUAGCACCCAAAAUGGGGAUAUAAAUUAAAGCCGAAGAGAUGGCAUUUUUCCUAGUA